AUGCUUUCCUGGCUGCCGGCUCCCCUCGUCCUGCUCCUCGUGCUUGAAGGUCUGGCCUACGUCCCGGAUUCGUCGAGCUCGCGCGGUAUCGCCGUCGGCACCAAUCACACAUGCGGCGUGAGCAGUUUUCCCGAUGACCCUGACUUCCGGAUUGUGGGCGGUCGGGAAGCGGAAAAGGGCGAGUGGCCCUGGCAGGUUUCUGUACGCUUGACGCACCCUCAAGCCGGCAAGAUUGGCCACUGGUGCGGAGGGGUGUUGCUCAACAACCGUUGGAUCCUCACUGCGGCCCAUUGCAUUGUCAACCCUCUGUUUGUGCUCCCGCAGCCGGUGUUCUGGAAGAUCCGGCUGGGUGAGCACCGGCAGAAGCUGACCGAGGGCACCGAGCUGACGGUCCAGGUGUCGCACGUGUACCACUACCCGUGGUACAUGGGCUACGACCAGGACAUCGCGCUCAUGCGCAUGGCCCAGGAGGUGCAGUUCAACAAGUACGUGCAGCCCAUCUGCCUACCGGACGCCGACGACGAGUUCCAGGACCUGGUGUGCGCUGCCACCGGGUGGGGGAAGGUCGACUACGGCAAACGCCCAGCCAACAUCCUGCAGGAGGUGUUUGUAAAGAUCUACGACAACGCGGUGUGCGACUCGGCGUACAGGCCCAAGUUCAAGAUCCCCAUCAAAAAGUGGCACCUCUGCGCCGGAACACUGGAGGGGGGCCGAGGCACCUGCCACGGCGACUCCGGAGGUCCGCUGCAGUGCAAGCUGUUCGGCAAGUGGCACCUGACGGGCAUCACGUCCUUCGGGUCCGGCUGCGCCAAGAAGGGCUUCCCCGACGUGUACACCAAGGUGGCCCACUACGUCGACUGGAUACACGAGGUCAUGAAGCGGCCUCACUAG